UACACACACACACACACAGGAGCAGAGACAGACUGCGGGAGGCAAACAUCACCCAAGGAGAGAGAGAAAAAAAAACAAGACACUCUAAGCAAUCCGCACGAAGAACUCCACAACGUCAAGUGAAGCAUUGGAUUGACAAAUCUGCAGCAAACAACACGUAGUUCCUCUUGGUGGAGAUUUUGAGGAAGGGGAUAAAACAAAGUGAACGGAGAUACUUGAAGAAGGAACCCUUCUUCGAAGCAGACUGAAUAAUUGUGUAUGAAGAAGACCCUUGCUAUCAAUGGAAGGACUGGGGAGAGCAAAAAAAAGCAAACUGGCAUCAAGAUUAUAUACAUCUGUAAUUUUUUUCUCUCUUUCUAAAGCAAAGAGCCUGUUGCUUUCGGCAUUCGACCGCCUGUUGUUCCAGAUCUAACGAUGCGGUGUUGCUUUCAGGCGGAUUAGAGAGUUGUGCAUUGUCCAGAUUGGAGAGCGCGUUUGUAGAAGGUCCCACGGAAAUUGGGCUGUAUUUUUGAAUCGGAGGAUUUCCAAGAAUAUGCUGAUGCCGCAGAAUGGAGCUGAGGAACCUACUCCUGCGGCAUUCUGUCGCUAUGUGGCUGCUUUUACAAAGCUUUGUCCUGAUGACCUUUUGCUUUAACUCAGCGACAACAUGCCCGAAAGGCUGUUACUGUGCAGAACCAGAGAAGAAAUUAAUUGUCCGCUGCAGUGACAUGCACCUGAGGGAGGUCCCCAAAGACAUUCCAAAUAAUACUUGGAAGCUGUACCUUGAUUCCAACCAAAUAACGUCUAUUCCACGUGAUGUGUUCAAGGAUCUGCGGGAUCUGGAGGAACUGGAUUUGUCCAAUAAUGCCAUUCAGCACUUGGAGACUGGGGCAUUCCGUGGUCUAAAUGAAAGCCUGAAGAUUCUGAAUCUCUCACACAACAAACUGGAAACUGUGAAUGAGGACGUGUUCAGCAAACUGAAAGCAAGUAUAAAACUCUCAGGCAAUCCCUGGUUCUGUGACUGCAGGCUGCAGGAAAUGAUUAAGACGGUGAACAUUAAGAUUGGGUUGUCCAACGACAUCAUUUGCGCGACUGCCUACCCAGAGGAGCACGCCAAGAAGUCUUUCCUGGAGGUUGCGCACCAUGUGAACUUCUGUAAUGUUCACAAAAAGACCACCGACGUGGCCAUGCUGAUCACCAUGUUCGGCUGGUUCACCAUGGUCAUCUCCUACCUGGUGUACUACGUGAGACAGAAUCAAGAAGAUGCAAGACGACACCUUGAAUACUUGAAGUCACUGCCCAGCAAGCAGAGGAAGUCAGAGGCCUCCUCCACCAUUAGCACAGUGGUGUAACACGACACGCUGAGAGGUGAAUUCUGGGGUUGCGAGAAGAAAGAAGAAUGAAACCCACUGGUUCAAGAUCCGUGACGCUGUAAAGAUCCAACUGGGACGAGUCAGCAUUUGGAAACCCAGUGGACCACAACUCUGGCCCCCAUCCUCCCUCACAAAACUCUCAUGUGGAAAAAAUAUGGGUCGCCAGAAGUAACUAGUAUUGAAUAUGCUAACCUUCUGCUCAGUAUUGUACUGAGGUUGAGGUCACAGUCAAGUCUACCCACUAAUAUGAAAAAUACUGUUAUUGCCUUAUGCUGUUGAAAACUAAGGAAUGAGCCAGUAACAGGAGGAGAAUAAGCCUGUUUCCAAUGUCUUCUGAAGGACUAUUCUUCCAUUUGAGUCAGCCAAGGUUUAGCUCCUUCUUAGUCUCUGUCUUUCAUUCUUUCUGUUACUAAGCAUCCCUGGGUUUUGGAGGUCUGUGUCCAGCUCAUACUAAUCCAUAGUGAUUUUGACAGUUGGCAGACCUAAUAACUGAGAGAGUGAUACGUGGAGCAGAAAAGUGUUUUCCUGGCAGAAUCAGAGGGACUCAUUUCAAGUUGAGGACGUUGGUGCCGUACUUCCUCAAAACCUAUGUUGCAUCAGUCCUGAAAUGGUUCAAAAUAUCCUGUAUCACAACAUGCAGAUUUGGUUGAAUACUGUGGGCCCACAGCUAAAGUGUAGAAUAUCUAAACUGACAAAGGCGAUCAGGAGUUACUUAUCUGUAUAUACUGUAUUCGCCUUCUGUUCAAAGUUCUGUAAUGUGGGGUGGAGAUGCAGGGAAGAGAACUGACUCAGUGAUGGUACAGCAAUUGGAGCAGUACCUUCUCAGGAGCUUGUUUGUAAUCAGUGUCAUUUUCUCCACUAAUUGGUUUGUGCUCCCUUGCUUAAAGAGCUAUGGUGACUGAGUACUGUUUACAAUUGAGCUCCUUGUUGCACUGACCUGCCUGCUCUAUUUUCUUGCUUAUGUCCACACUCUUGUGUUCAUUGGCAAUGCUUGAGGGGUUGACUGGGCACCAGUGGGGUAGUGUUGGUGAACUGGCGUGCAUCAUCAACCCUCUGGGAUGUUAUUUAUAUUUUUCCUAGUUUAUUGUGGUGUCCCCCUCAGAUGGGGGCACUUUCCUUUUAAUUGAUUUUAAAAAAAAGAAAUUUGAUUGCCCAUUAUAAAGGAAGUAGAAUUGUGCUCCUUAUCCACAAAUCAACAACAGCAAAUUUUUCUUUCUUACCCAGGGCUCAGAGUGAAAGUUGCACUGUCAGGGAUGGUUCAUGUUGGAAAGCAAUGCAUUUAUACAGAUUUGCUUUGUUGGGAUUAGCUGUAUCUGCAUCUUAUAAGACCAAACACCACAAUACCAAUUCCUGCCAUUAAGUGAUUGGAUUGAUGCUUCACAAAUGCAGGAUAAAAGAAUAAGUUAAGCCUGAGCAGCCAUGUGCAAUUUGGCCUUUCAGCUAAAUAACCCAGUGAGACUCAGCUUGCUGGAGUUAUAUUCGGAAUGAAUUAUAAUUUCAAAUCUUUGAUCUAGUUUCAAUUCCAAUAUUAUUCCAGACUUCUUGGAAACCCAGACUGAGAUUGUCCAGUCCACCCAGGUGCCUUAAUUUGCCUGUCCUGAUAGUAAUAUUUCUAACAUAGGUGUACCAGUCAUAAGGGCACACAGGACAUUACAGCCAUGAUAAUGAUCUGGGUUGGGCAUUAUCGGCAUGGACUGGUGAAUGGAAAUUCCUGUUUGACAAAUUUGUUGGAGUUUUUGUGAAGAUAUUACUAACACAAUUGAUAAAGGUACUCUUAACAUUCCCUUCGAGAGGGCCACAAUAUCAGAGCAUGAAUGAACUACAGAGGCUGUAUAAGGCUCUGGUCAGACCGCAUUUGGAAUAUUAUGAGCAGUUUUGGGACCCCUAUUUAAGGAAGGAUGUGGUGGCAUUGGAGGGUCUUCAGAAGAGGUUUACAUGAAUGAUUCCAGGAUGAACAGCUUGUCAUAUAAGGAGCGGUUAAGGACUCUGAAUCUCUACUCAUUGGAGUUUGGAAGGAUGAGGAGGGAGAUCUGAUUGAAACUCACAG